GCGAAGGUGGCUUCCAAAGAAAAACCCAUUUCAAGGUCUUUUAUCUUGGAGAUUCAAUGCGAACACAACGGAGACAUGCCAAGGAGUUGAAAGAUGCUGCUGUUGGAACUUCCAAAAUCACCAAUUUUUUUGGUUAUCAAACUUCUAGUAGAGACCAACUUGAAAAUUUGGAAAGUAAUGAAUCAGCAGAUGAUGAUGAUGACCAGAAAAAUGCAAUAAGUUCUGUUGAAGAAGCUCUUAAAAGACCCAACUUAACCAACGAUGUAAAGACCAGAUUAAUGGCAGUUGAAAUGUAUUUUAGACAUUUGGGUGAUGAGUUUGGGCUAAUCAGUGGAUCAAAAGCAAAACAGUACCUACUUCUAGGAGGGGAAAACAUCCCAAGAUGA